AUGGCGCUGGUUACGGUGCUGCUGCAAAAUGCAGUAAUUAUAGUUACUCUGUUGAUCUUUGCGGCCAUCUGCUAUGCCCUCCUUCGCAGCCUCUACAAUGUGACCUUGCAUCCCCUAUCCAGCUACCCGGGACCGCUCUCCACACGCCUGUCUGUCAUCCCGCGCCUCUAUCACCUACAGGCCGGCGACAACCCGCACUGGGUUGCUUCGCUACACGACGUCUACGGUCCCGUGGUGCGCAUCGCGCCGCACGAGCUGUCGUUCGUGGACCCGAUGGCCUGGCGCGAUAUCUAUGGCCGCAAGCCGGGAGAUGGCAAGCAACGGGAGCUUUCCAUGGACCCCAUAUUUUACGGCCAACCCCCGGCCGAUGGAGGCCCUGGUAACUUGAUGAGUUCCAAUAAGGAACAACACGACCUCAUGCGCCGGGCGCUGGCGCCAGCAUUCGCGCCGACCGCACUGCGCGCCCAUGAGGGUGUCAUCGGAGGCUACGCAGACCUGUUGAUCCAGCGGCUCCGGGAGGCGACGGGCGGUGGUCUCGGAAAGGGUGCCACGAAGGAUGUCACGCAAGCGGCAAAGCCGGUGGACAUAACGGCGUACCUGAAUUUCUUCACGUUCGAUGUCCUCGGCGUGCUGGCGUUCAGUUCCGACUUUGGCUGCCUGAGGACCAGCGACUACCACCCCUGGAUCCGGCUGAUCAUGAGCAGUCUGAAGAACAUGGCGACCAUGCAGGUCCUGUGCCAUCUGGGCUUGCUGCAGGGCGUCGCCUGGGCGGCAAAGAAGUUCAAGGUCGGGCUCGAGGCGCAGCGGAUCCACCGUGAGUUGACGGUGAGCAAAGUCAAGCAGCGGCUCGAGAUGGACGAGCAGAUGAAGAAGGAAGGGCGCGCUGACUUCUUGGGAGGUUUGAUCGAACACGGCUUCGGCCAUACGACUCUGGAGGCAAAUGCCGGCUUGCUAGUCAUCGCCGGUUCCGAGACAACGGCGACCUUGCUCUCCGGCGCCGUGUAUCUCCUGGCUACACACGCGGACGCGCUGGGUAAGCUCCAGUCGGAAGUGCGCGCAAGAUUCAGCAACGAAUCAGAGAUCACGCUCAGCAGUGUGAACAGCCUCACCUAUAUGCUCGCUUGCUUGAACGAAGCCCUGCGGAUGUACCCGCCCGUCGCUAUCACAGGACCCAGGGUGACGCCAGAGGGAGGCGCGGUCAUUGCCGGGCACGCCGUGCCUGAGGGUGCGACGGUCGGAGUAUGGCACUUGGCAAUGUACAGAUCCGCGGCGCUCUUCGCCGACCCAUACGGCUUUCAUCCCGAGAGGUUUGAGGGUAAGGAUGCCAGGUUUUCCAAUGACAAGCUUGACGCAGUGCAGCCAUUUAGCCUGGGUCCGCGAGACUGUCUUGGAAGGAACCUGGCAUACAUGGAGAUGCGACUGGUCCUCGCCAAGUUGGUGUGGAACUUUAAUAUCCGCCUGUCGGGUGAUAGUAGUGACUGGCUCGAGAGAAAUAAAGUCCACUUGCUUUGGGACAAGCCGCCCCUCAACGUGUAUUUAGAUCCUGUCGCGCGUUGA